CCUAGCCACACCCCCGCCUGUGGGGAGGAAACCCCGAUGGCGCCAACGUCACGUCGGGGGCGGGGCGGGACGGGUGUCCCUGCGGAGGCCGCGGGAAGCGGGGAAGACGGGACUUAGAGCCGCUGGCGGUCUGAGGGGCAGUGCUGAAGAUGUGCGGGCGGACGUCCUGCCACUUGCCCAGAGACGUUCUCACCAGGGCCUGUGCCUACCACGACCGGCAGGGCAGGCGGCGGCUCCCGCAGUGGAGGGACCCGGAGAAGUACAGCCCCUCCUACAACAAGAGCCCUCAGUCGAGCAGCCCCGUGCUCCUCUCCCGGCUGCACUUUGAGAAGGAUGCAGACUCAUCAGAGCAGAUAAUCAUUCCCAUGCGAUGGGGCCUGGUCCCGUCUUGGUUCAAAGAAAGUGACCCUUCCAAGCUGCAGUUCAACACGACCAACUGUCGGAGUGAUACCAUAUUGGAGAAGCAGUCAUUCAAGGUUCCUUUGGGAAAAGGACGGCGAUGUGUUGUUUUAGCAGAUGGAUUCUACGAGUGGCAGCGGUGUCAGGGGACAAGCCAGAGGCAACCAUACUUCAUCUAUUUUCCUCAAACCAAGACAGAGAAGUCAGGUGGGAACGAGGCUGCAGAGAGCCUUGACAGCAAGGAAAAGGUCUGGGACAACUGGAGGCCGCUGACCAUGGCAGGGAUCUUUGACUGCUGGGAACCCCCAGAGGGAGAGCGCUUGUAUUCCUACAGCAUCAUCACUGUGGACUCCUGCAGAGGCUUGAGUGACAUCCACAACAGGAUGCCUGCCAUACUAGAUGGAGAAGAGGCAGUCUCCAAAUGGCUUGACUUUGGUGAGGUCGCCACUCAGGAAGCUCUGAAGUUAAUCCACCCCAUAGACAAUAUCACCUUCCAUCCAGUUUCUCCAGUGGUGAACAACUCCCGAAACAACACUCCUGAGUGUCUGGCUCCUGCUGAUUUGGUGGUUAAGAAGGAGCCCAAGACAAGUGGAAGCAGUCAAAGGAUGAUGCAGUGGUUGGCUACAAAGUCGCCCAAAAAGGAAGUCCCUGAAUCACCCAAAAAGGAUGAAUCAGGCUUACCCCAGUGGUCCAGCCAGUUUCUACAGAAGAGCCCAUUGCCUGCUAAAAGAGGUGCCAGCAGCAGCUUCCUGGAUCGAUGGCUGAAACAGGAGAAGGAGAACGAGCCCAUGGCAAAGCGGCCUAACAGCUAGUUACAGACUCCUUCACCCCAGGCCACAGCUGUUGUCACCAGUUGACUGGAUUGUAUCCAUUUACUUGGGAAGGUGGUAGCACAAUGUCAGCUCUCUGCUGUGGGCAUAAGAGGACAUGGCUACUGUGGGACAGCCUAAGGAGAGGGCUGGCUGCAGUGGCUAGCCCUGUGGGCCCUGCUACCCCUCAGGCUCAGCUGGUAGUCUCUCUGCCUCCCUGCUGGGAGCUUUCCUGUUCCUGGUGUUCCUAUAAGGAGGACCUUCUUAGAGAUUAAGUUCUUAAAAUGUAUUUUGUUCUAAAUAAAUUGUGUUGAUAAA